UGAUGAUGAGAAGAGCCGCCAGAUGUGGAGGAGGUACCAGGAGAGGGAGGACAGCCGCAUUAGCGGUGAGCAGGGCCAUGGGGAGAGGAGGAUGGGGGGGGGCUCGCGCUUCUCAGAGGCCAGGAUACGAACAAGCAAGCUCACCACCUUCGUCAACUUCCAGCUGAAGGACCUGGACCUCCGAGAGUUUGCCUCGCAGAGCUGCAACCACGCCGUUUACAACCUCUAUGCUGUCUCCAACCACUCGGGCACCACCAUGGGAGGACACUACACUGCCUACUGCAAGAGCCCUGUCUCCAGCGAGUGGCACAGUUUCAACGACUCUCGUGUUACCCCGAUGUCAUCCAGCCAUGUCCGCAGCAGCGAUGCCUACCUGCUCUUCUACGAGUUGGCCAGCCCGUCCUCCCGCAUGUAGCCAGCCCUGCCUCCCUGGGCACCCCCUGCACCGCUCCUCAGAGCCGGCCCCUCCAGGUUUCUGCACCUCCCCUGGUGCAAGAGGGAGGUGAAGAGGAGAGACCUCGAGGUGGCUGUAGCUGGAGGCUGGAAUCAGCAAGGAGCAGACCCCAGGUUGUUUUGGUUUUUUUUUUCCUUCUUUUUUUUUUGUUGGUGUGUAAUAAAAAUACUGAGCAAGGGACUCUGUGGGCAGGGGGCUGCCUGCCCCAUUGACUGCCUCCUCCCGGCACUUCUAAACCUCCUGGCAAAGGACUCCAGCCCUUCAGUUGCCUCCAUCCCAUCUCAG